AUGAGCAACCUCGAGAAGACCUUGUUCCAGCUGAAGUUCACGGCGAAGACGCUGAACAGGCAGGCUAAGAAGGCGCAGAAGGACGAGGGCACGGAGAAGGCCAAGCUGAAGAAGGCGCUCUCGCAAGGAAACAACGAUGGCGCGCGGAUAUAUGCCGCGAACGCGAUCCGGAAGAAGAAUGAGUCCCUGAACCUGCUCCGGCUCGCCAGCCGCGUCGACGCCGUCGCGAGCCGCGUCGAGACCGCGGUCACGAUGCGGCAGGUGUCGGGGAACAUGGCAUCGGUGGUGAAGGGCAUGGACAAGGCGAUGGAGAGCAUGAACCUCGAGCGGAUAUCGGUAGUGAUGGACAAGUUCGAGUCGCAGUUUUCGGACCUGGACGUCCAGACGUCCUACAUGGAGGAGACAAUGUCGGCGACAACCGCGACCUCGACCCCGCAGGACGAAGUCGACGCGCUGAUGAAGCAGACCGCAGAGGAGGCCAACAUCGAGCUCCAGCACGACCUCGCGUCGCGCGAGGCGCCGCCGACGAUCGAGGUCCCGAAGGAGAAGAUCGGCGAGGAGGACGACAUGCUCGCCGCCCGCCUGCGCAAGCUGCGCCCAGCGACGUAG